AUGGCGUUUCACAACAAUCAUCUCUCUCAAGACCUCUCUUUCAAUCAUUUAACCAACCAAGACGGACCUCCUCCGCAACAGCAACAUUUCCACGACGCGCCACAACCUCCUAACUUGCUCAACACGGCGCUUCUCCGCUCAGACAACAACUUCCUCAACCUCCACACGUCAACCGCCGCAAACACCUCCGUCUCGCCUCCCUCCGCCGCCACCGCCGUCGCAGCUAAUCAGUGGUUUUCCCGUUCUUCCUCUUUCCUCCAACGAACCGGUAACAACAACAACGCCGUUGUCGGAGACGUGGGAGCAGAGACGAUGGUUAAAGACGGCGAGAACAAGAACGACGGAGGAGGAGGAGGAGGAGCGGUGGCGACGGCGGAAGAGGGAGUAGUGAGCUGGGAGAAUGCGAAGCAAAAGGCGGAGAUACUCACGCAUCCGCUGUACGAGCAGCUUUUGUCGGCGCACGUCGCGUGUCUGAGAAUCGCGACGCCGGUUGAUCAGCUUCCGAGGAUCGACGCGCAGCUUGCUCAGUCACAUAACGUCGUCGCGAAGUACUCUGCUUUAGGAGCCGGACAAGAACUCGACAAAGAGCUUCACCGGUUCAUGACGCAUUAUGUUUUGCUUCUGUGUUCUUUCAAAGAGCAAUUACAACAACACGUGCGUGUUCAUGCAAUGGAAGCUGUGAUGGCUUGUUGGGAGAUUGAGCAGUCUCUUCAAAGCUUAACAGGGGUGUCUCCUGGAGAAGGCAUGGGAGCAACAAUGUCAGAUGAUGAAGAUGAACAAGUGGAGAGUGAUGUUAAUAUGUUUGAUGGAGGAGGCUUAGUAGAUGUAUUGGGGUUUGGUCCUCUGAUUCCUACUGAGAGCGAGAGAUCUUUAAUGGAGCGAGUUAGACAAGAACUCAAACAUGAGCUCAAACAGGGUUACAAGGAGAAAAUAGUAGACAUAAGAGAGGAGAUACUGAGGAAGAGAAGAGCUGGUAAAUUACCAGGAGACACCACCUCUGUUCUCAAAGCAUGGUGGCAAUCUCAUUCCAAAUGGCCUUACCCUACUGAGGAAGAUAAGGCGAGGUUGGUGCAGGAGACAGGUUUACAGCUAAAGCAGAUAAACAAUUGGUUCAUUAAUCAGAGGAAGAGGAAUUGGCACAGCAAUCCAUCUUCAUCCACUGUCUUGAAGAACAAACGCAAAAGCAAUACAGGUGACAUUAGCGGAAGAGAGCGUUUCAUGUAG